AUGCCUUCAACAUCAGAUGAAUCGAAAGAGAAUAACAAUCCAAAUAAUGAACAUCAACUAAAUAAAUAUGCUCCAAGACAACCAUGGAGCGAUUAUUUUAUUUGGUUACAAGAGAAUAUGCAAAAAUUUAUUGACAAAUAUGGAAAAAUAGAUUAUCUUCGACAUGCAAUUACUGAAUGGCAAAAUAUGCCUGUUAAAGAAAAAUUAAUUUGGGCAAAAAAAUCAGAAAAAGACAAGAGAAGAUACCAACGUGAAGUUGUUGAAUAUUACAAAUUGAAAUAUCAAAAUGUGGAAGAACAAGUUGAAUAA